AUGUUACCAAGGAUAUCUUAAAGUUAGUAACUAAAUUCUAUUCAUUAUUAAGAAGAUGUUACAUUAAAUGAAGUAAAAAAGAGAAAAAAAGAAUUAGAAUUAUAAGCAUAGAGUAUUGAAAAUAGAAUAAGAUAACUUAGAAGUGAAGAAGGAAAAUUAGUUAAACGAAUAGUAUAAACAGAAUAUUUAACCUCAGAUGUUUAUCAAUAAAAAUUAGCUUCAUAACUAAAAGUAAAAAAAAUACUUAAAUAUAAUAGAAAGAAUAAAAAAUAAUAAAAAAUUAACAUUAAUAUAGAUAUUAAUAGAAUGAUUCAAAAUUAUUGACAGAGUAAUCUAUUGGAAAUGAAAGAAAUAAAGAACUCUAUAUAAAAACAACAAUUAAAAGAAAUUAAUUGAAGUAAGUUAAACAAGAAUUUAGAUAAUAUAAGCAUGAUGAAGCAUAGAAUUAUAGAAAACUUUUAUAAUAUGAACUAUUUAAAUAUAUUGAAGAAUAAUAAAAAUGGCAUCAAAAUUAAAAACUAAAGGCAGCAUUAAGAAAGCAAGAGUAAAAUUUAUCUGAGUUAUUAAUUCGAGAUAAAUUAAAUGAAAAAAGAAACAAAAUAAAAUAAGAGAUGAAUAAAGAAAAAUUCAAAACCAUUCAAGAGAAUGAAGAAAGAGAAAAACACAUUAAAUAAUUAGAGAUAGAAGAAUUAUAAAUAGUAUAAAAAUUAUAAGAAACUUAAUAAAGAGAGAAGGAUGUGAAAGGAAAAUUAAUUGCUGCUACUAGAUUAUAACCAGAAUAAUUUGCUAAAACAUUUCAUUCAUUAAAUAAUACAUCAAUAUUGGCAGAAUAGUUAAACAUCUAAAAUAAUGUAUUUAUAUAUAUAAUAUAAAAGAAAUAAUUAGAAAUUUUACAAUAAAAUUAAUAAAGUCAUAAUGAUAAUGAGCAUAAAGAAGAAUAAUAGGGAACUUAAACUGAAGAAUGA